UAUCAGCUUCUCUCAGCAGUCUGGCCGCGACCCUCAACUCCCGCUAGUCCCCACCACCCACCACACGCCCACACCAGUCACACACCGACUGUACUGUGGUAGCAUCUUGUGUAGCAGCCCCUCCCCCCACCCUCGCUGUGUGAGCAGUAAGAACUGGCCUAGGCUGUGGUAGUGGACACCUUGUUGCUGUCUCAGAUUUGUGAGUGCCUCCCUCGUGCUCGUCUCACACUUGUGAGUAUAGUGUGAUGUCUGAGGUGCCGCCGGUGGUACCGCUACUGUUGGUGGCAGUGCUCGUGUCCGCUACCUGCCGCCACGUGCAGCCCGUAGCCUCAGACUUGGGGCGUCCCAGCCAGGGCCUUCUUCUGCCCCGUCAUGCGUUAGCGGUCCCGCCCAGUGACAGUCCAUACGACACCAGCCGCAUCCGCCACGCCCUCCGUGUCCUUCUAGACCUUAACGACGUCGAGUUACAAACCCUGAUGGCGGGGGCACCGCCAGGCACUCCAGCGCCCCGCCUGGCGCCCUCCACUUCACUUUUCCUCACCAGCAGCCGCCAGUACCUGGAGCGCCUCCACACCAUCCUCUCCACCACCACGCAGGAGGCUGCACCUCCCCGCGCCCUCCCUUGGAAACCUAGAGUCUCAAGACACCGCAAGAAGAAGUCACGGGCGGGCCAGAAGAGCGUCCAAGACACAGGCAGCCCCGCCCCCCUCCCUGAAGACACAGAUGACAUCCUGGGCGCCCUGAGAGAGGUGUCCGCCUACCUGGCGGGGGUGGAGGAUGAGGAACAGGAGGACCAGGGCAGGCUAGAGCGGCUACGACGCUCCCACCACGGGUAUGGUCGCAAGCAUAACACGCUACAAGCACACGGGUCCAGGCAGUACGAGGCCCACCACUACCUCUACUACGUGCGGUCAGGGGAAUGCCCGCCAGCACCCGACGGAAGAGAGAAGAUGUUUUGUCCAACGCCCAACACUAAUGGCGAGUGGACGUGUGUUGAAGACGAGGACCUGUGUGACGGUGAAGCCCAGUGUCCUGCUGGCGAAGACGAGGCGCCCACACAUUGCCUCUUUCACACCGCGAUGAGAGCUCACCUAGACGAGCUUACCAAGUUCGUCAUGCUCACCAAGUUAACCUGAGGCACUACUAUACAACCUGAGGCACUGCUAUACAACCUGAGGCACUGCUAUACAACCUGAGGCACUGCUAUAUAACCUGAGGCACUACUAUACAACCUGAGGCACUGCUAUACAACCUGAGGCACUGCUAUACAACCUGAGGCACUGCUAUACAACCUGAGGCACUGCUAUACAGCCU